AUGGGGCAAUAUCCCACCACCGCCAAUACCACCAGAAACGCCUCACAUUUUGUCGGAAAACUCACCAGUAAUUCUAAAUUGCCUACUUCUGGCGUAUACUUUCCGCAUUCUUAUAGAACCUUUUCUUCUUCAUCAUCAUAUACAUCUGGGUCCAAGUAUGGUGGUUUUCUACAAUGGUAUUUGAGUAUGCUUGAAACUCGUCCGUAUAUCACCAAGGCCUUCUCUUCUUCCCUUAUUUUUGCUGCUGCUGAUUUUACCUCUCAGAUCAUUACAUUGCCACCAUCUGGGUCAUUUGACUUACUCCGGACGUUGCGUAUAGCUGGAUAUGGAUUGAUAAUUAUGGGACCAUCUCAACAUCUAUGGUUCAAUUUUCUCUCAAGGAUUUUGCCUGGACAAGAUGUAUUUACUACAUUGAAAAAGAUAUUUAUGGGACAAGCUAUUUAUGGACCUAUUAUGAACAGCAUUUUCUUCUCCUAUAAUGCAGCUCUUCAAGGUGAAACUAGAGAAGUGAUUUUUGCAAGACUGAAGAGAGACCUUCUCCCAACUUUGAUGAAGGGUCUUAUGUAUUGGCCAUUGUGUGAUUUUCUUACAUUUAAAUUCAUACCUGUCCAUCUGCAGCCAUUGGUAAAUAGUUCUUUCGCCUACCUGUGGACGAUUUAUUUAACGUACAUGGCAAGCUUGAAGAAAGUUGGCGAGGAUUGAUUACACAGUUUGUCUUAGAAGUGGUAUUUACGAUACAUGGCUUGUUACUGGAGUGAAUUUUGAUCAAUAUUUGAGUUUUCAGGUUUAAUAUUUCAGACUUCAGAGUUGCAUUCAGUGUUUGAAUGGAUGCGUAAUAUUUUUGGAUUAUUAUAGAAGAAAUAUAGGAAGAAUGAUUUGAUUGACAAUUCACAAAGGAGAUUACAUCCAUAUUU